AUGCAAGACAACAAUCUUAAAAACAUAUCUACGGGUGAACCUACCUACUGGCCUACCGACAGAAAUAAAAUAUCAGAUGUGGUAGAUUUUGGUGUCGCCAUGGGUUCCCCAAACAACCACUUGAUAGAUUUUGUUUUAAUAGAAGUACGUUCCGAAAUCCUUCACAGACCACCAUCUGCUACAAUACCUAACAAAUUCACAAACUGA